AUGUUGCUAAUCUUAGAAAACAAUGACAAAUUGAGUGAUUCUGACCAAUAUGAUAGUUUGGUCCGAGCGGAAAUACCAUGUAAAGAAACAGAACCACACUUACAUGAGGCAGUGCUAAGGCAUAUGGUCCAUGGUCCUUGCGGAACACUAAAUCAAUUUUCACCGUGCAUGAAAAACGGUCAAUGUAAACACAACUACCCAAAAGAGUUCGUACCAGAGACACGACGAGGUGAUGACUCAUAUCCUCAAUACAGGAGGCGAUUUGAUACUCCAAUCCCUAUCAACCAAAAUGUCACAAUUGACAAUAGAUGGGUGGUUCCGUACAACCCUUGGAUACUACUGAAGUAUGAUUGCCAUAUCAACGUAGAGAUAUGUAGCAGUAUCAAGAGCAUAAAAUAUCUAUACAAGUAUUGCUAUAAGGGACCAGACUGUGUGGCAAUAGAAGUUCACAGAAGUUCUCAUUAUGAUGAGGUGCAACAGUUUAUUGAUGCAAGAUGGAUUGCCACUCCAGAGGCAUGCUGGAGGAUAUUUCGAUUCAACCUUUACCGAAUGUACCCAUCAAUUGAGAGGUUGCAAGUUCAUUUGCCAAAUCAACAUCAAGUGAGAUUUUAUGAGCACCAAACUAUUUCUGAAAUAGUUAAUAAUGACUAUUUCUCAAGAACAAUGCUCACUGAAUUCUUUGCACUUAAUCGGGCCGAUGACCAACAAUCUAGGCAUCUUUUGUACAGGAAAAUCCCAUAA